AUGAACAUAGGAAGCCUGCAGAAAGCACAGGUGUGCAUUCGUGAUCGUCCCAAACAUAAAGCCUUUUUAGAAACUGGAUUAGAGGCCUGUGCCUCUCCUCCUGGCUACCACCCUGCUAAGCCCUUUUUCUCUUUCACUGUCAUAGCUGACUACAAGGAGAACUUCAACACCAUUGGAAACAUUGAAGAGAUCGCGUACAAUGCUGUUUCCUUCACCUGGGAUGUGAAUGAAGAGGCAAAGAUUUUCAUCACAGUGAAUUGCUUGAGUACAGAUUUCUCCUCCCAGAAGGGCGUGAAAGGACUUCCUUUGAUGAUUCAGAUUGACACAUACAGUUACAAUAACCGCAGCAAUAAACCCGUCCACAGAGCGUACUGCCAGAUCAAGGUCUUCUGCGACAAGGUGAGUAAAGACAAAUUUGUCAGAAAGGUUCUGUUUUGGCUAGAUGUUCUUUUUAAUGACAUUUCUCCCUUGUCGCUGUUCUCGGCCAACCACAGAGACAUGGCAGUCUUUUAUUCUCAAGUCCUGUUAGAUAUUUAG